UGCACCGGGCUCGGCUCCCGAGUCAUUAAAGCGCUUCAGCAAAGGGUGGCUCAGCCGCCCCCGGGCAUCGGGCAGGGUAUAAAUCCCCUCUCCACCCUGGCAUCUCCUCACUGCCUCUCCCGACUCCUCCUCUCCACCUCUCUGAGCUCUCCCCCAGCACCACCAGGCGAUGGCUUCCACCCAGCUGGCCUGUGCCACCCCUUGCGAGCCCAAGUGUCCCCAACCUCUGGCCAGCAGCACCAACGAGCCCUGCGUGGUGACCUGCGGCGACUCGCGGGUCAUCAUCUACCCCCCGCCCGUGGUGGUCACCUUCCCGGGGCCCAUCCUCACCACGUACCCGCAGCAAACCGUCGUGGGAGCCUCGGAACCCACGGAGGUGGCCCUGGGCGAGCCCCAGGCCGCGGUGGCCGCCGAGGUGGCAGCGGGGGACAAAGUGGCAGCGCCGGUGGUGGCCCGCGCGGAGCCGCGCUGCACCCCCAAAUAUUCCUACAGCUACUCCUCGCAAUGGACUCAUCCCUGCAAUUCCUACCGCUCCGGGAAGCGCUGGACGUGCUGAGCCCGCGGAAAGGGAAAUUCCGGGUGAAAUCCCAGCGGGUUUUUUUUUUUCCCCUUAGUUUAGAGCUGUUCUCCCGCAGCUUUGCGGCGCAGCCGUCUGCUCCCGCCGCGCUUUGGCUUCUCACGGAUUUUUUUUUACUGGCACUGAGCUUAGAGAGGUGACUUGAAAUGCUCGGGAUUGCACACGGCAACGCUGCCAAAAAAAAAAGGGAAAUUCCCCGUUUUUUACAGGCGGCAUCACUUGGAUGCUGGUGAUUUGCCAGAGCCUCGCUGAACCCCCUGAACGAUGCUCUUUGUAUCCUGUACAGUUUUGUUCCACAGUUGUAGGAAAGCUUCUCUUUCCAAAUAAAUUUUCU